AUGGGCGAGCAUAAUCUCCUGAAUCCUGGGUUUGUGGGGCCGCUGGUGAACAUCCACACGGGAGACACCUUUUACUUUCCCAACUUCCGCGCGUCAGGGGCGCAACUCCCGGGGCUGCCUUCGCUGUCCUACCCACGCCGCGACAACGUGUGCUCGCUGCCCUGGCCGUCGGCCGAGCCGUGCAAUGGCUACCCUCAGCCCUAUCUCGGCAGCCCGGUAUCUCUCAACCCGCCUUUCGGCCGCACGUGCGAGCUGGCUCGCGUGGAGGAUAGCAAGGGGUACUACCGUGAGCCGUGCGCCGAGGGCGGUGGGGGCCUAAAGCGGGAGGAGCGCGGGCGUGAACCCGGAGCAGGGCCCGGAGCAGCGCUGCUGCAGCUGGAGCCGUCGGGGCCGCCUGCGCUCGGCUUCAAGUACGACUACACGGCGGGCGGCGGCGGUGGUGACGGCGGCACGGGACCUCCCCACGACCCACCCUCGUGCCAGUCACUGGAAUCCGACUCCAGUUCGUCCCUACUCAACGAGGGCAACAAGGGCGCCAGCGCGGGCGACCCUGGCCCUCUGGUGUCGCCGUUGAACCCAGGCGGCGGGCUUUCAGCCAGUGGCGCGCCCUGGUACCCGAUCCACAGCCGCUCGAGAAAGAAGCGUAAGCCGUAUUCGAAGUUGCAGCUGGCAGAGCUGGAGGGCGAGUUUCUGGUCAACGAGUUCAUCACACGCCAGCGUCGGAGGGAACUCUCGGACCGCUUGAAUCUUAGUGACCAGCAGGUCAAGAUUUGGUUCCAGAAUCGGAGAAUGAAAAAGAAAAGACUUCUGCUGAGGGAGCAAGCUCUCUCCUUCUUCUAG